CUCAUACAUUUAUUUGUUACAUCACAUUUCCCAUCUUGGCUCAAAUCAAAGAGGAACCAUGAUUUUCAAAACACUCACACUAUUGUUGGUAACCAUGAUGAUGGUGACAAACACAUCAAGAGCAGUGAUGGAGAAACAGACGUACAUAAUCUACAUGGACAAGACCAAAAUCAAAUCCUCCGUUCAUUCUCAAGACAUCACAAAACCAUGGUACGAAUCAAUCCUUGAUUCCAUCUCCCAAGUAGAAGAAGAAGAUGAAGAAGAAAAAGAACAGACAUCAUCAUCAAAUCCAGACCUUCUUUACGUAUAUGAAACAACCAUGUUUGGUUUUUCUGCUCAUUUAUCGCCUUCCCACCUCGAGUCCUUAAACCAAAUCGAUGGUUUUCUCACAGCCAUACCUGAUGAACUCGUGCAUCUCCACACAACUUACACACCCCAUUUUCUUGGGCUUUCAAAAGGAAGAGGGCUUUGGAGUGAAUCAAACUUGGCUUCUGACGUGAUCAUUGGAGUGCUUGAUUCGGGGAUUUGGCCUGAACAUGUGAGCUUUAGAGACUCAGGGAUGUCUCCAGUACCUUCUAGAUGGAAAGGUGUUUGUGAAAAUGGCACACAGUUUUCUUCUGCGAACUGUAACAAGAAGCUGAUAGGAGCAAGGGCGUUUUUCAAAGGGUAUGAGAAGUUUGCUGGGAGGAUCAGUGAGACUGUGGAUUAUCGCUCUUCAAGGGAUUCCGAAGGCCAUGGAACUCACACUGCAUCUACUGCUGCCGGUGGUUUGGUGGAUAAUGCCAGCUUGUUUGGCUUUGCUAAAGGUACAGCCGCUGGAAUGAGGUAUACUUCAAGAAUAGCAGCUUACAAAGUAUGCUGGCCCUUGGGAUGCACAAACUCAGAUAUAAUAGCAGCAACAGAUAAAGCAAUUGCGGAUGGGGUUGACGUAUUGUCACUCUCAUUAGGCGGCGCAGCCAGGCCUUAUUACAGUGAUAGCAUAGCCAUAGCCUCAUUUGGAGCAAUCCAAAAGGGGAUUUUUGUCUCUUGUUCUGCAGGUAACUCAGGUCCUUCCAAAUCAAGUGUAGGAAAUGUAGCUCCAUGGCUCAUGACUGUGGCUGCUAGCUACACUGAUAGAAGCUUCUUAACAAAGGUGAAGCUUGGGAAUGGCCAGGUUUUCAAAGGGUCUUCUCUGUAUAAAGGCAAACCCACAAAGCAAUUGUUUCUUCUUUAUGGAAAAUCAGCAGCAAACAAUGGAAGUGAAAGAUUAGCACAGUAUUGCAUUAGGGGCUCACUUGAUCCAAAGCUUGUGAAGGGGAAAAUGGUUGCUUGUGAGAGAGGAAUCACUGGCAGAACUCUGAAAGGAGAGGUAGUGAAAAUGGCAGGUGGGGUAGGAAUGAUUCUGCUUAACUCUGCAUCCCAAGGAGAAGAGCUUUUUGCCGAUGCCCAUAUUAUACCAGCAACUUCAUUAGGAGCUUCUGCAUCCAAAACCAUUAGAAGUUAUGUUUUAGCAGAUAAAAGUCCAACAGCCUCAAUUUCCUUUAUAGGGACUGUAUAUGGAGAUUCUAAUGCACCAACAAUGGCUGCCUUUUCUUCUAGAGGACCCAGUUUGGUAGGACCAGAUGUUAUAAAGCCAGAUCUGACCGCACCUGGUGUGAACAUUUUGGCUGCUUGGCCCCCCAAAACUAGUCCAAGUUCCCUCAAAAGUGACAAAAGAAGUGUACUAUUUAACAUAGUCUCUGGCACUUCAAUGUCUUGUCCUCAUGUGAGUGGCGUAGCAGCUUUAGUUAAGUCUGCGCAUAAAGAUUGGUCUCCUGCUGCUAUAAAAUCAGCCCUUAUGACCACGGCUUACACUUUGAACCACGGAGGACGCCCAAUUGGAGAUAUCAGCUCAAACAGGUCAUCAGAAAUGGCUAACCCUUUUGCUUUAGGCUCAGGACAUGUUGAUCCAGAAAGGGCUUCUAAUCCUGGGCUGGUCUAUGACAUUACCACACAAGGCUAUUUAAGCUACCUGUGUAGCCUGAACUAUACUUCCUCCCAGAUUGCUAUAUUAUUAGGGGGUAAUUCUACUUGCUCCAUUGAUGGAGGCCUUCAACCUGGUGACUUGAACUACCCUUCAUUUGCAGUUUUGUUCAGUAGCAGAAGUACCAAGAAGGCUAGUGUGACCUACAAGAGGUUAGUCACUAAUGUAGGGUACCACAAAAGUAAUUAUGCAGUGAAAGUAGAGAAACCAAUGGGAGUAUCAGUGACUGUGGAACCAAAGAAUUUGAGUUUUGGAAAAGUGGGUGAGAAGCUGAGUUAUAAUGUCACCUUUGUUGUAGAUGGAAGAGCAAGAGUUUCCGGUAGUUCAUCUUUUGGGUCACUGGUUUGGAUUUCUGCACAUUACAUUGUAAGAAGUCCCAUAGCAGUGACCUGGCAAUAGUGAAAGUUUCUUCUAUUUGGAGGUAUCUGAUAACAAAAGCAGAGAAUUUCAAGAUGACCUAUCAUUAUUGUUGUUAAGAUAUAUCCCAAAUUCCAGGUAGUGGAAUGAGAAUAAUUUAUUAUUGCUUCUUGCUAUUUGAUGCAAGUUGUUUCAAAUAUUACUAUUAUACUGUUACUUUUAAAUUUUUAUUUAAAAAAACCUUAUGUCAUUUAAA